ACUACAAAAGAAAAGAAAUUGCAACAAGGUAGUUAACUAGUUGCAAAGAAUGGAAAUCAUUUCAAAAUUUUGGUGUGUAUUAUUGUUAACAAUGAGAAUUCCUCUAUCCAUAUCAUCCUCUACUUCUACUCCACAACUCUCUCCAAUUCCCAAAAUUAGCAUCCCACUAUACCAUAGUAAAAUGCUCAAGCCUCAAAUGGGUGCUAUAGUAGAUACAUACCCUAUUGAUGAUUCCUAUGCACUAUUCUUGUGGAUUGGAACUCCAGUUCAAAUUGCGUUUGUUCAAAUGGACCUAGGGAGCCCAAUCACUUGGACCCAAUGUGACCCUUGUAGCAAUUGUUACCCAAUGCAACGCUCUCCCUUCAAUACCAAAGAAUCAAGUACUUUUAGAGAACUUGGUUGUUACUCUGAGACAUGCUUGGACCCAAGGAUGAAGGAGCUUUUGGGAAAUUGCACCUCAUGGACAUGUAGGUAUAAUGUGAAUUAUGGUAAGGAAUCUAGCUCCUUUGGAACUAUGGUAAUUGACACAUUAAAUUUUGAGCGUUCUAAUAAUGAAUUGAAGGAAUUCAUAAUGGGGUGUGGUGAUUCUUAUGAGGGCCCAUAUAGGGCCCAAUUAUCAGGUGUUUUGGGCCUUGGAAGGGGCCCACUUUCUUUGCAAAGCCAACUCAAUGCAAAGGCAUUCUCUUUUUGCCUUGUGAAUUUUGGAUCACAAACAGCCUCAACACUUGAAUUUUAUGAUAGGGCACCACAAAUAGAUAAACAUGGCCUUGGUAACAAUUCCAUCAUCAUGGUCCCUUUGAGAGAGAAUAGUGGGUACCCUAAUUAUUACUUUUUGCAAUUUGUUGGUAUAAGCAUUAAUGGGUUUAUGCUAGAUGUGAAAUCUAGUGUUUGGGGCUAUGGUCUUAAUUAUGAUGGUGGGGUUAUCUUGGAUAUAGGAUCAAUCGCAACAUAUUUACCUAGUGAAGCAUAUAAUGUGUUCAAGUUAGAGAUACAAAAAGUUGAUCACAACCUUACAAGGGAGCAUGCGCAUGAAGACCUAGAACUUUGUUAUAAGGAUGAUUCAUUUAAUGUGUAUCCUUCAAUUGCAUUGCACUUUGAAAAUGGCAAUGUUGCAGGUGAAAAUUUUGUGUCCUUCAACAUGAACAAUGACCAAACGUUGUUAAGGGUAGACGAAGGUACAGUUUGCCUAUCAUUUGUAGAAGGAAAAGAUUCUAAUCUUACAGUUAUUGGCAGUAACCAACUUCAGGGAACACAACUAAUGAUUGAUCUAGUUAAAGAGAUCCUUAUCUUCACACAUAACAAGUGCUAAGCUAAAGCUAUUAACAUGGCUAGAUGUUUUGUAGAGAAUUAUUUUGUGACCUCUAUACUGCGUAUAAUGUUAAUCAACGAAAAAAAGUAACAUUGUUACCGAUUUAAUUUCACAGUCUUAAGAGUACUUUUAACUCAGAUGGAUGUUAAGGGUGUACCAUGUAAUUUGGUAUUCUUAACGAUCGUUUAAUUUUGAAUUAGUAAAUUGGCAAUUGACAAGACAACACAAACCAAAAACAUCUAAAAUUAAACUCUUGUAAUACUGCCUUAGAAAAAGUUUAUUAAUAAUGCACAAAAAUACAUCAUAAAAAUAAAUAAAUAAAAAAUCAUUCUUACCACAAGAACAUCUGCAGUCAAGUGAUGAGACUGAAGAAACAAUAAUAGAAUAUGAGAAAUAAAACCGCCAGUGAUAACUUUUGAGAGUUGACAUUAAUUUCAUUCUUAGGAUGAACUGUUAGUGAAAUGGUAGAUGCAAAUACAAAUUUAUAUAUAAGGGGCCAACAAGGAUCAUGAUAGCUCAAGUUCAAUAUAGCUAUUCCUUCUCAUGAGCUGCUACUGAAAGUUGUUGAUAGGAUUAAAAAA